GCGGCUGUCCAAGCGCAGCGCAAUUCUCACUCCAAGUCCUUUUGAGCCAAGACCCAGAGCGCAUAUAUCUCUCUCUCUCACAUUAAUAUACUUUUAAAAACAUUUUUUUUUUUUUUAAUGCAAAACAACAAACCUCACACAUUAGUGAAGUUUUUCUAAUUCUGCAUUGAAUUGCAUGAUUUUUUUUAUCCUUAAGGACACUUUUCCUCGUUGCGCACCGCGUGUUGCGGGAUUUUUGAGCCGAAACACAAGCGGGGACAUUCUCAAAUGCAAAAGUACAUGUAUGAGAAAGCGAUGGCCCAAGAGACAAGGAACGGAGGAACCUCUACGUUAAACAACAACAACGGUGUGGACAACAGCAAGAAGAAGCUGCUCAUUGCGCUCGACAUCUUCUGUCUGCUCCUGGCUAUGCUGCCCAGCCUGGUCCUGCACCGCUCCUCUGUUCGCCCGUACCAGAGGGGCUUCUACUGCAGCGACUCCAGCCUCAAAUACCCCUACAAGAGGAGCACCGUCUCCUCCGCGGUGCUCACGGCCGUCGGGUUGACACUGCCCACGGUGUCCAUUGUGAUUGGAGAAUGCUUCAGGAUUCACCAACUACGCGAGGGAACCAAGUCUUUCGUCAGCAAUCCCUAUGUGGCUGCCCUCUACAAGCAGAUGGGCGUGUUUCUCUUUGGAUGUGCCGUCAGCCAGUCAUUCACCGACAUCGCCAAGGUGUCGGUGGGCCGCAUGAGGCCCCACUUCUUAGAUGUGUGUAAGCCGGAUUACUCCACCAUCGACUGCUCACUGGGAUACAUCACCAACUACACCUGCACUGGCGAAGAGAGCGAUGUACAGGAGGCCAGGAAAUCCUUCUUCUCAGGACAUGCCUCUUUCUCAAUGUAUACCAUGCUCUACCUGGCUUUCUACCUCCAGUCCAGGUUUUCGUGGCGCGGCGCCCGUCUCCUCCGCCCGCUGCUCCAGUUCACCCUGCUGAUGAUGGCCUUCUACACCGGCCUGUCGCGCGUCUCCGACCACAAGCACCACCCGACCGACGUCCUGGCGGGUUUCGUGCAGGGAGCCCUGGUGGCCUACUGCAUAGUGUUCUACGUGUCGGACCUGUUCAAGCCCAGGGUGAAGCCGGCCACGCCCCCGCCCUCCCCCAUCAAGAAGGAGCUGCUCCCUUCGUCCGACAUCAUCGAGAGGAACAACCACCACAACAUGGUGUGAGAGAGCGAGAGAGAGAGAGAGACGCCACUUCUUCCUGUGACUUGAGGAGCCGAUCGCAGCGCUGCUCGCCUCCCAUCGGACAGUAGAAUGUAGCGACGACAGACUGUAGCUGCUCCUCAACACGGCACCCUCCUCCUCCUUUUUUUUGUUGCAGCGCCCAGCGAGGCGCUUCAUUCGGACUAGGGUGUCCGGUUUGAGACUUGCACAGCAGAGUCCACUCUCACUAUCCAGACUUAUUCUUUUUUUACUAUAAUUAUGUUAACUACUAAUCAACAUUUGAGCCCAUCGUUUUUGACACAAUUCAUUUUUUUUAAAGAAAUUGGACGACUUUGACAGGCAGAGCUGAGGGGUGUGGAGGUUUGACGGAGGUGUAACCACAUGAAGGGUUAAACACUUAUGAAGAAAAAAAAAAACAAUGAAGAAAAGAUGCAAAAAACAAAGAGGACAAACCCCCUCCCUAGGGAGAGAGGGACGCUUCCUCUCUGAACUCUCUGUGGCCUUGGAACGCUGUAGGACAACUACUUCCUUAGCUAUGGGAAGGAUAUUACUGCAAUAACUAGCAUAGAAAUAUUAACAGUAUAGAGAAAAGUAUAACUUAUAGCACUGUUUUUUUUUUUUUAAGUUCAUUGUCCAUUAUCACCACUCGCUGCCUGAGACGUCUGACUGAAAGAAAGCUUGACGGCGCCGACGACCACGAGACAGACUCCGGAAAAAGUCGACCCGAGUCAAGCGUGGUGGUUUUUACGAGACUCCACGCUCACGCUGGAUCGAGUUAGCAUAGCAUUGGCUCCAUAACAAUAGCAACAGGCUUCUUUAAGGAUUACAUACUGAUAGUGAAUGGUCUUUUAUAUCAGAGAAGUCCUUUCUUCUGCAGUAUCCUAUUGCGGGCCGAUCACACCAGAGAAAACCAUUGUUUUCCUGCCCUCCUCUCUUGUGCCGCUUUUUUGACCCUGCAUUCAAGUUAAAAUUUUCUAAAAAUUUGCACCCAGGCGCGGAGUCGCAUCGCUUUUAAAUGUCACAUUUUGCAGCCAAUCAAAUCAAGCAAGAGGCGGGCUUUUCUGUCCAAUUUACCACUGACUUCCUGUUUUGAUGCCGUUAAAUGUGGCAGGAACGGACAUUGAUGUUAGCAAUUUUUAAUUGGGAUGACUAUAUAAUAUUUCCCCUUCCUCUUGAUACAAAGGCAGAGCAUCAGCAUGAGCUCAAUGUCUGCAAUGAAUACAUUUUUUCCUGCCAGUUAUUAACAUUUGAUCGCCCACCUCGCUUUGCCAAAGGAGCGUUUUUAUAGCGUCCGCGCCCGUUGAGGAGACUCUCGGUGGUCUUGAGCUGAAGGAAGUGGAGCUCUCCAGCCUCGUAUAUAUCUGUCUCCACCUCGGCACGUCAAGCUUUUUUUUCCGUUGUAGUUGACUCUCAGAGCAGCCAAAACCCGGGAUGUUGCAUUUCUUGAGGGUUAUAUGUACUAAAGGGGUGGGGAAGGAGGGGGGGGGGUAUUUUCUGUGGAAGGAGGAGAGGCAGAACUCCCAGCACCUGUAUGAAGAGGCGUGGCUGUGCCAUGCUACUUCUUUGGUGUUGGGGUCCAUCUGUGUUUGGCUUCUUAAACAGGAAGUGGGUGUUAGGGGUGGGGUGGGAUGGGCAGAGUGAAGGGGGGGGGGCGUGAUGUCACCGUGGAAAGAGGGUGAUGAAUCACAGCUAAACUGGCACAUUUGUUUUUAACGGGAUGAUUUGGGGCUCUUUCCGCUGGCAGGGAGGGGCUCUCACCCGCCCAAUCACUCAUUGGCAAUGGAUGUGUGUGUGUCAGUGUGUGUGUGUGUGUGUGUGUGUGUGUGUGUGUGUGUGUGUGUGUGUGUCCUGUACACUCCUGUGCUUGUGUGUGUGCUUGUACAUGUACAUCUUGUGAGAUCGAAUGUGUGUUUGUGCCCUGUGAAAAAGAAACUCCCCUCUUAAUGAAGUGUGUGUCAAAGGAGACACUGUCAGCUGUGCCAAGUGUGUGUGUGUGUGUGUGUGUGUGUGUGUGUGUGUGUGUGUGUGUGUGUGUGUGUGUGUGUGUGUGAGAGCAGGUGGACGUUAUAAAAACUGUGGAUCUAAUAUUUUUUAUUCUCUUUAACCUUGUGUUUAUAUCCUGUCCUGUAUAAUCACUAACAGUUGUACAGAAACAGAACCUUUUAUUUUUAUUUACAGUUCAGAUCUCACUCCGCCAUGUUGCACAUCUUUCUCAGCGUAUAGUCCGUCCUAUCAUUUCACCAAGCCGUUCUCACUCUCUUUUUUUUCUCCAUUUUUUUUAUAAAUAUAUAAAUAAUGUAUAGAUCACUAAAGUUAACUGUGUAAGAUAUUGUUUCUUAACAUGUUUAGAUAUAUCCACUAUGAUUACAGACCUGUGUUCUUCACAAAAUGCUGCUUGAAAAGCAUCGAUUGACAGAUUUUUGUAUCUAGAAUAACUAUUGUAGAUUGUUAUAGCUACGUUUGUAAUAUGCAUUCAAAAAAAAAAUACACACACAAUUGUAUUAAAAAUUCAAUAUUAGUAUUUUUGUAUUGUCUCGUUUUUUUUGUACAAAGACAUAGAUGCAAUGCUGUUUUUUUCUGCUAAAUGUACUCUAAUACAUGUGCUUUUAAAUAAAAAGCUCA